CGUCGUUUUGAUGAUGUCACGAGUGGGCGGAGCCGAGCGAGAUCUGCUGCAUCUGGUACACUUACGUGAUCGCGCGGUUCCCGGGGAUGCAACCACAAAUUUAACAUCGUUUCUUUAACGCACUGAAAUUAAAUCACGACGCCGGGGCCGACGAAGCGAUUGUUGAGGACCUGAUUCGCCAUGGCUGAGCAGCAGAGGCAGCGCACUCUCUCCACAUCUGGAGAAUCACUCUAUCAUGUUCUGGGUGUCGACAAAGUGGCCACUGUUGAUGACAUCAAGAAGUCAUACAGGAAACUGGCAUUGAAAUAUCAUCCUGACAAGAAUCCUGACAACCCCGAGGCAGCUGAUAAGUUUAAAGAGAUAAACAAUGCCCAUGCCAUUCUUAACGACCCAACAAAGAGAAACAUCUACGACAAGUAUGGCUCUCUGGGACUUUAUGUGGCUGAACAGUUUGGAGAAGAGAAUGUCAACACUUACUUUGUUCUGUCCAGCUGGUGGGCCAAGGCUCUGUUUAUUUUCUGCGGCCUGGCUACAGGCUGCUACUUCUGCUGUUGCCUGUGCUGUUGUUGUAACUGCUGCUGUGGAAAGUGUAAACCACGGCCACCCGAAGGACAGGAACAGGAAUUCUAUGUCUCCCCUGAGGACUUAGAGGCCCAACUGCAGUCCGAUGAGAGAGGUUAGAUAUAUUCAUAGGCAGGUGGAGGUGAACCUAUUGUGAUGCAGCCCUCGUCUGCCACAGAAACCACCCAGCUAACGUCCGACGGUUACCAUACUACUUACCACACUGACACCGGCUUCAACUAAAAGCCUCACCCUCUUCACCUCCACCCCCGUGGCUUGUCUCUCGCCACUCUGUGCCAUCUAGCUGAGGGGAAAAAUAUAUGAAUGGAAAGAAUCCUUCAACUACAACUAAAAAAAGCCUGUUUUUGAGAUGGAGGAAAGCCAGCGAUGGAGCUGAAUUCUUUAGCGUAUCCUGUCCCUUAUUCAAGCACCGCUUCCAUCACCCACACAAGAGUGGCACACAUCCUCCUCACCGUACCGUAACUUAAAAAAUGAGCUUAAGAAAAAAAGAUAAAAAAGAUCCUGUCGUUUACCCUGAUCUCUUUGUUGCCUUUGACCUCCGAUCUUGCCUUCCACUCGUUCCCUCGCUCCUCCAGCCAGAUUUGCUCGUCGUCCUGUGGCAUGCACUGUUCCUUGACUUUGUUUAAUGAAUUUUUCGCAGUUUUUGGUAUAUUUAUUGACAUGAAAUGUUUGUUCCCAUUUAUACGUACUUGAGUGUGGUUUAAAGUUGACUCCGUGAACUUGCCAUAGGUGGCUGCACUGCGAAACAGCAGGAAUAUAUUUCCCUCUUAAAAUCUCAAAUAUUCUCUUCGCAUACCUCUCCAGUCCUCCUGGUUUACCCAGAGUUUGAAUCUUUCGUGUUCCUGUAGGCCAUUUUAUCUGCUUUGUGUCAUGAAAUUGAGUUUAAUUUUGAAAUUAACAACAUUUUACAUUAAAUUAGUUUCUUCGGAGUGCUUCGUUUUGUUUUUUUUUUCGUUUCAUAACAGCUUCACUUUUUUGAGAGAAAGAGAGAGAUACAAAUGAUGCAAUUGAUAACAUGCCGUUCCUUCUUAGUAUUUUGCUCAUUUACAUCUGGGUGUUUGUGUUCCUGUGUGGUUCUGAGGACUAUUUGCAACAAGCUGAGCAAAAAUUAGGACUCUUCUCUAUAUAUGGAAUGGAUUUAGCUGUCAUCUCUUUGUAGUUUGUUGGUUGUUCAUUGAUGUGGGCACUCAGCUUUGGUCUUAGUGUUAAGCUCAGUUUGGCCCAGUUGUGUCUCUUUUCUCUUGUCAAAAGGGAAUCGCGAACGCAAACUGACAUAAACUCCCACAGUGUCAUAUCUUGAGUGUGUACGUAAGGUGGAAACUAAAACAGAUGACAUUUUUAUAUAGAUAUACAAUCUACACACAUCACGUGUAUGUACAAUAUAUGUAUAUUUUGAGCAUUUUUAUAUUUUAGUUAAGAUAACUAUUCUUUGUGUCUGUGGUACUGGCCUCUUGUGGUCACUCCCUAUGCCAAGAUAUACUGUAUAUUGUGAGAGAAAUGCUUGUUUUUUUGCAGUCAUUAAUUCCUGAGUGGUAGCCAGUUAAGCUGUUUGUUUACUAGAUUAUUUAUUGAAGUGGCAAAGCUCUUUUAACACUACUAGCAUCUGGAUACAUGUUUAAAGUUCAAUCUCAAGACCUGAAAGUACAAUAUAUAUAUUUUACAUGAAUAAUAUAAAGCCUGUUUAUAGGACAUUUCUCUAAUGUGUCCAGAUUUUGAUUUUCUGAUUUUGUCUGUGCAUUUUUAUUACAAUUAGCAUAAGUAAUUAAAGGUGGUAAAACAAUAAAUAAAAUGAUGUAAUAAGUAAUAAGUAAUAAGGAUAGAGAGAAAUAUACUUAAUGUAAAACAUAAUACAUACAAUUUUAGUUGUCUUAAAAACAGGCUUUUUUCUUUGUGCAAAAUGUACUGGUUUUUUUUUUUUGGUCCUGGCAAAUCCUUCCUCUUUCUGAGGGCAGAGUUCACAAUGAAGCAAACGCAAGACUGUGUGAGAAUAUUAUUAUUAUUUUGGCAGUUAACUUUUCCUUCAUUUCGUGAAGUUGGAUAGAUUGAACAAACUUUGCAGUCUUGGAUGACUUGAAGAUUAACUGAGCUGCUUAGGUUUGCUCCUUACAAACACUUUAGCAUUUAUUUGAUAGAUUCCCCUCUGAGCAGUGUCAAAGACGAGGCAUUAUCCCUCAAAAGAUUAUACUAAUAAACCAUUAAACUAUUUUUGUGUCAUAUAGCCUAGUUAUGUGAUAGGAUCCUGAACCUUCCUUGUGUUGCUCUUGGUUAUGUUUACGCUUUGUGUUUUCAGUGAAAUAGAUGGUGUGUGGUGAUGUCACCAACAGCUGAAAGGGUUUGAGACAGUAUAUCUGAAAGUGCUUUAAUAACCUCCUUAUACCAAACCUGAUUUUCUGAAUUUGCAGUUACAAACACUGAAAUGAUCAUCGAUGCCAUAUUAUAACUCAUGCUUUUAACUCAGUCAUCCCUCACUGCCUGCUUAGAUGGGCAGGUCUGAAUUGUUUUUGUCAUCUGUCUGUUUUUUAUUUUUCCUUCUCAGCUCUAACUGGAGCUUAAUACAAAUGUCACCAGCCAUGUUUAUUCACACUUUCUAGUCACUCUUCAAAGGCCAAUGAUUUUUCAUUGAAUUGUUUACAUUUUGUUAUUGAGUACAAUGGUAUCUUCAAUCACUAUCUGCUCUCUUUCUCCUCUCUCUCUCUCUCUGUUUCUCAUUCCCUCGUUCCAAUGCUCUAGAUGGUUUUUAAUGGAUGUUAGCCUCUGUGGUCUUUUUUCCUGUGCAUUUAUCUGUAUCAGAACUACACUUGUAUAAACAGUAUGGCUUAUUCAUUAAAAUGUCGAAUUUUAAGUUGAAUGAACCUUGCUGAAAAAAUAAAACAUACUGGAGUAAAAUUGUCAAGAAAUUGUUGCAUAUUAUGUCUUCAGAAAGAAGAGAAAAUGUUUAGUGUAAUUAUAGUGAAAUGGUAAUUUUAUGCAUUUUUUUUUUAUUUUAUUUAUGAUCUUAUUUUGUCAUGUUUAUAAUGAAUUGUCCUUGUUUCAAAAGGUAUGUUAAAUGAAUUUGACUCUAAAACUAUGCUACUCAUAGUUCUAUAGUGAAGGUCUCUUGUACAUACACUGAAUUAUUAAAAAUAAUAAUACUAGACCUUUAUGUUGUAGCAUGGUUAUUGUAUGACUAAAAGAUAAAAACAUUUAUUUGCUGGUGUAAAAUAAAUGUUUAUGACCAUUU